UUUCAGACUCAUACAGGGAGAGUCUAAGUUCAUUAAUUCAGGGGUUGGCUUGUAUUGGAUUAGGCUGCCUGUUUUUUAUAAUGAACAAGAACAGAUUCGGUGUCGUCUCAGGACGCCGACCUACGGUUUCCUUUGAAGGUUAGGUUCUGAUUAGGCUUAAUUAGCGUUGCGGAUAAUCUACUCUAACUGUUUGGAUAAGGUGAACUUGUAGCACAUGUCACUUCCAAUUGCUUGAAAAGUUUACAAUAACACUUAGCAGAGUGCCAAUAAUGAACACUGUUCAUAUCUUUGGUAUAAAUAUCUAUGGCAGCUUCGACCCUCCAGCCCAUGCAGUCCCGCUACGAAGAAGGCCUUAUCGACAUGAGAGAUGGAAAUUGGACUGAUGAGACCAAACCCAUGAUUGCUUUGCCAUGACCCACCUUCCCGGGUGCCCGGAGCUCUUUCUACAGAGCCAGGCGAGCGGUGAUGCCACCACUUCCCCUCAGACGACAAGACCUAGUCUUCCCUGAUGAAUACAAGACGACGAUUUCUGGCGACCCCUUCCUCCUCAUCGACGACGGCCAUGACAAGAGAAUCCUUGGGUUUUCCACCGCCGAUAACUUGUGUUAUCUCUGCGAAUCAGACACCAUCUACGGAAAUGGCACAUUCUUCGUGGCGCCGACCAUAUUUCACCAGUUGUACACUAUCCAUGGCAUGGUAGAUGGGAACAUGUUUCCUUUGGUAUUCUUCUUCCUGCCAGAUACGAAAGAGGAUACUUACACCAGGAUGUUCAGACUACUUGUCGAUGCAGCCGCGACCAGAGGUCAUCAUUUGGAUCCACAGAAGAUCCAGAUGGACUAUGAGGUUGCCUCCAGAAACGCCUCUGCGAUCGUGUUCCCCCGAAGCGAGUGGAAGGGCUGCUUCUUCCACUUCACCCAAUGUGUAUUGAGGAGAACCCAGCAGCACCAUAUCCAGAAGGCCUACCAGGACGAUGACGAGAUCGAGAGGUUCGUCCGGAGAUGUGCCGUCUUGCCUUUGGUGCCAGCACAGGAGGUGGAGGACCUGUGGCUGGAUACCUUGGCAACGAUGCCAGAUGAUGACCGCUGCCGACAACUCGGAGACUACAUUACCAACUUCUGCUGGGUGGAGGGAGAUCUGCACAUGACGCAAUGGAACCACCACAGCUCAGAUGGGCCAAGAACAAACAACCCCCCCAGGGUGGCAUUCACGCCUGAAGAAAUACAUCGGCAAGGCUCAUCCAAACAUUUUCACGAGAACAGACCAAAACAAGCUGGUCCAGUAUGCUGCUGGCUAGAAGCGUCCGUCAGGGAUUUGGACCUUGCCUUGCCCCUCAAGAUGGCUGAGCAUGCGGGAGGCGUGGCAUCGUCCUCUGUCUUCCCGGUCACCAAGCUUUGA